AAACGCGAUGACAGGUGGUGGGGGCCUGUGGCUGAAACAGUUGUGCAAAAGCAUCAAGCCCGGAUUGUCGUUGCCGAAUAGUACUUUUUCUUUAAGCAGUAUUAACACUUGUAACAGAAAAAUGUCGAAAUAUACAAUUGUAAUGGUACGCCAUGGCGAGAGCGAAUGGAACAAAUUAAAUUUGUUCUGUGGAUGGUACGACGCUAAUUUGUCCGACAAGGGUAAAAGUGAAGCAGUUUCUGCUGGUAAAGCAGUCAAAGAUGCAGGAUUAACUUUUGAUGUUGCUCAUACAUCAGUGCUGACUAGAGCUCAAGAAACUCUAAAAUCGAUUCUUAAAGAAUCUGGUCAAGAAAACAUUCCUGUUCAGAAGACAUGGCGUUUAAAUGAGCGUCACUAUGGUGGUCUAACUGGAAUGAAUAAAGCAGAAACGGCUGCAAAAUAUGGCGAAGAACAAGUACAGAUUUGGAGGAGAUCCUUCGAUGUACCCCCUCCACCGAUGGAACCAGAUCAUAAAUAUUAUGAUACAAUAGUAAAAGAUGCACGAUAUGCUGGUGAACUGAAGACAGAAGAAUUUCCUAAAUUUGAGUCCUUGAAGUUGACAAUUGAAAGAACAUUACCAUAUUGGAAUAAUACUAUUAUUCCACAACUGAAGGAAGGAAAGAAAAUUAUCAUUGCUGCUCAUGGAAACAGUUUACGUGGCAUUGUGAAACAUUUAGAUCAAAUGAGCAAUGAUCAAAUCAUGGGAUUAAAUUUGCCUACUGGUAUUCCAUUUAUUUAUGAAUUAGAUGAAAACUUUAAGCCUGUUGUAUCUAUGAAGUUCUUGGGUGAUGAGGAAACUGUAAAAGCUGCAAUUGCUGCAGUUGCUGCACAAGGAAAAGCUAAGUAAAGCUAAAUAACCAUGGAACAGAAACUUUAUUGUUAUUAUAAAAGAUAUUAAUUAGUUUCUAGCUUUAUCAUUAUUGUGAUAUUUCAUUUGAAUUAGGAAAAAAGAACACUCAGCUAUGUAUACAGAAUUUAUGGGAGAAACAAACCAAGAAAAAGAAAAUAUUUAUUUAAAACCAUUAUAAAGUAUUAUAACAGAAAUAUAAAAGUGCAGAGACAAAUGAA